GAUAGUAAAACGUUAGCUCUUGAAGCUGACAAUCUUAUAGACGAAGACCAAGCUUUCGAUGCAUCAGAAAAUUUAUUAAACAACAAAGAUGCUGGAAAGAACACCAUUACAUUUGAAAAAGUCUGCGACGUGACUACUUUUUACAUUUAUUGCGUUACUGAGACCUUCCUUCCAAACAAAUCCUUCAGAGAAAAGACUAAUAAA